AUGUCUUCUUCCUCAGCAUCUUCAUCUCCAUCACCGUCACCGUCACCGUCACCGCCACCACCAAAGUCCAAGAAACGAAAACAACAGCCGAUUGAAGAAGUUGAAUCUUCUGAUUCCAGUUCCGACUCUGAAGGAGGGGAUGUUCCCGAAGCUGGAGACGAUGCAGAUGCCACCGUGACUGCACCAUCUGAACGCGAAUCGUCGCCCGAGGUGAUCUCACACGCCGAGCGGCGCAAGCGCAAAAAGCAAGAAAAAAAGGCUGUCAAGGACAGCGCUGAUGCUGAUAGUCCCCGGGCCAAAAAACGCAAGGGCGAGGACGGGGCUGCCGUGCCUGCGUCCAAAAGCGACGCAAGCAAUGGCAAACUGAAGCGACAGAACUCUGUCUGGGUUGGCAACAUGUCGUUUCAGUCGACGCCGGACUCGCUGCGCGUUUUCUUUGACGGUGUCGGGGAGAUCACGCGCAUACAUAUGCCGAUGAAGCCAGGGAAGGGGGAGAAUAUGGGAUUCGCGUAUGUCGAUUUCAGCUCCCCUGACGCUAAAAUCAUCGCUAUCGCUCUGUCUGAACGCCCGCUAGAGGGACGUAACCUCCUCAUCAAAGACGGUACGCCCUACGUUGCCCAAUACACCACCUACUAA